CAUGGCGGCGCGCAUGGGAUUGUCCUCUUGUCACGUUUUGCUUGUGAUGCGCCUAUGAUAAAAACGUGAAAAAAAUAACCCGAUUUGUCGAGCCCUCGCUGCGCCGGCAUGCCCGCAGGCCGCUGAGUCCAAGAUGACUUCGAUCGGCGAACCGUUCGUGCUCGCCUCGGUGACGAACGAAGUGUUCCGCGGCGGCUUUUGCGUGCAGCCGGGUCCCCCGGAGUCGUCGUCCGUGAUCGUGACCCACGGCCAGCUGUCGGCAUCCCUGGUUGAACUGGAAGGGCGUCCCUUCAAUAUCAGGACGUGGCACACGUCGCACGCCGAACCUUUUACGUGCCCCGUGGUGUACGACGCGCUACGAUCCCGCUACGUGGCCGCUAGCCGCGACAGCGUGCUGAUCCUGCGGCCCAAGAUGACGCCGGCGCGGAGUCAACACGUGAGCGUGUCUCCGUCCGAGACCUACGUCUUCGCGGUUCUGCACCGAACAGGCGGUGAACCUCUGAUCGUGCUCGACAGCGGGGUCUGCGCGACCCUAACUGAACUUCAGGGCUCUCCGGGCAAACGUUUUCGUUCCAAAAAGUCCCGGAUAUGCGGAGACGACGAAGAACUGGUGAGCGUGAAAGCGGCCGCGGAAGGCGGCCGCAACGGAUUGCCGACGUUGCUGCUUGUCGUCUCCGCAAAGGCCUCGGGGUCUUACAAGUGUCGUCUAUUUCGUGUCGGAGACGCAGAAAUCGAACAGAUAUCGGAGAGUUCGAUCCCGAAACGCGACAAAGCCUCCGUUUGCCUUUUCAAUGGCGGUCUACUCAGCUUAGGUGAAGACGGGUCGCUGCAAGGCCGUAAGCUGCCGUUAGGCGGUCAUCGCAAACCGUUUCUCGUGGCUUUGGACGAUAGCCGGGUACUCGUAGGCCUUGGGGACAGCGUUCUCGUGUGGAACGUCAGGUUCGGCACGACGGAGGCGUCCAGGACUUUGGAAGGGCAGCAGGCGACGGCGGUCAAGCAGUGGGCGCUCAUCAGAAAGGACCUGGCGUGCUUUGUUGUCUCCGGUGGUGGUGUGGCCGGCAGCAACAACGUGAUGUGCGUGUCGGUGAAGCUGGGACGCCCUACUCUAUGUCAGGUCGUCGGUCUUGGAGCCCGAGCCGGAGGCGGCGUGCUGACAACGGCGUCGGAGGUCGCGGCGAAAGUCUGUACUGGAGACCCCAACGGCGUGAUGCAGGCCUUAGCUCCGGUUGCCGACGCAUUGCCAGAACGAGACCUCGUCGCUCUGGUGGGACGUCUGUUCCAAACCGGUGCACCACCCCCUGCUGGCUCCCCUGAUAUUGCCACGCUCCACAGCCUUCUACGGUGCCCGCACACGUGCGGCACACUAGUUCAGUGCCUUCGCAACAACUUGCACUCCGAACAAGCUACUGCCCUGCUUGUCUAUCUGAUCGGUGUCCUUGAGAGUUACUCCCUGGCCGAUCGUGACGAAAUUCCGAUCGAAAAAGUGAUUGACUGGCUGUCGUGCCUGUUGGAUGCUCACUUCAACCGCUGGGCCCUGGACACCGGGCCAAUCGCCGUCGGCGAUCUGUUGAGGAGACUGUCGACGGCUGUGUCGCACGUUCAGGAAAUGUUCGGCGACUUGUGCGAACUGGAGCAGUGGUUGAUGCUCGUCCUCGGCAAAACGGGCGCACUCGAAUUUGAAGACCCGAGCCUGUACACAAUAGAGAUCUUAGAAAUUUGAAGCAUCGGAGUGAGACCUCCUCAAGGAGGGGGUAGAGGGGAGUCAGAGAGUCACUGUGCCAACAGAUUCGGGCCCCGGUCCAGUGCUGGAUGACCCAGACACGUGGACAUCCGAACGAGGCAAAAAAAGAAAAAUGGAAAAAACCCUGGCCAGUUACGGAGCUGGCAAUCAGGAACGCGAACAGCCGCGCUCGGAAGUCUUGGUGGCGGUCGCCCCCCCCCUCGGGAUUCUGCAAGUGCCUUUUGAAAGCUCUCAAAGACUGCUGUGAAAUAAAGGUGCUCUCCGGGAUUUGCA